AUGGGUACGAUGAGUGUAACUACAUACUAUUGUUAUUACACAACCAACGUGACUGCCAAACGUAAAAAGUGGCAUGAUGGUAUAGCUGUGGCUAAGGCCACCCAUGGAUUUGUCAGAUUAGCACUAUAUGAGUAUGACGCCAUCGAGGACAAACGUGGGAAGUCAAUAGAUAAUUUGGACAUUUUUAAUGAGACACAUAACUCACUAUCAAGAAAGGAAUUCACGACGCCGUGGCACAUAAUUGAGGUAGCGAAUAUUUCAGGUUCUAACAGCAUGGACCAAAAAAAAAUUGGACGAAGCACACCCCUUUCAAUUUGUUCAGGGUUCAUGAAAAAACAAACAGAUACUACCUACAGACAAAAUCCCCCUUACAACCACUAUAUCUCCAAUUAUUCACAACCCUCGCCAAUUUCAUCAAUAGAUGAAUUAAAAGAAAUACAUGAUAUUUCAAAUGCCGAAAAUAUCGAUGUCCGUGACAUUGUUCGGAAGAUCAACGUAAUGCUUGAUGGUAUCUAG